AUGGCACUCCGACGAAAGCAAAACAAAAAGAAUGAGCCUAUUAUUCCGAUGACAAAUGAAGAGGUCACCAAACUAGAGGAGCAUGUAAACGAACUUCUUCAUUCACAACUACCACUUGGACGAGUUAAGAAAAUUUGCAGACUUGAUCCUGAUGUUGAAAUGAUUAAUAGUGAAGCAAUUCGUUUGAUGACAAAAGCUGCAGAAUUAUUCAUUAUCGAGUUAGGGAAAGCUUCAAAUACAAAUGCUAUAUUAGAAAAACGAAAGACUGUACAAUUGAAAGAUAUUGGUAAGUAAUUUUAUUUCUUACAUUUCUUAGUUCAUCGAUUAUGAAACUUAUUUUUUACAGAGAAAUCCAUACAAAAAAUGUGGACUUUCGCUUUUCUCGAAGAUGCACUUGACGGCUGGCCGAAACAUGAACCAAAAAAGCGAAAAGCGGCCACAGAAAAUAAUGAAAAUGAAACGAGUAUUCUAGAAGAAACUGUAAAUGAGGAAGAGGAAGAUGACAAUUUACUUGAAGAUACUUUGAAUGACAAUGAAGAAGAAGAAGGCGAAGAAGAAAACGGAGAAUCAGGAAAUGAAGAAGAAGACGAAGAAAUAGGAGAAACUCAACCAAUGAUUGAUAAAUUUGCGGAACAGUUUUGA